AUGUCUUCAGGAGCAGAGACCCCGUGUGGCAGUGGCCGCAGCAGCCCCUCAUUAGGGGGGGCCGACUCUGGCUACUCCUCCGGUACCAACAGUGAAAGUGAAUUGUCCGAGGUGUACUUCACCAAACAACAUCUUCGGUUUCUCAAUCGCCAGCUUCAGUUCCUUGAGCCUCAAGAGAUCCUGAGAUGGGCCAUCACCACCCUUCCCAACCUCUACCAGACCACGGCCUUCGGCCUGACAGGACUCGUCCAGCUGGACAUGCUGUCCAAGCUCAAGGUCCCUCGGCCGCAGAUGGUAGAUCUCAUCUUCCUUGACACGCUCCAUCACUUCCCGGAGACCUUGGAGUUGGUGGACAAGGUUCGAGAAAGAUAUCCUCUGGUCAACAUUCAUGUGUUCAAGCCAGCCGAAGUCGAGACCGCAGAAGAGUUCAAGAACAAGUAUGGCGACAAGCUAUGGGAGACGGAUGACAACAGAUAUGACUACCUGGUCAAGGUUGAGCCUGCGCAACGGGCUUACCGUGAGCUGCAAGCAUAUGCUGUUCUCACUGGCCGUAGAAGGAGCCAAGGUGGAGCGAGAGGAUCGCUCGACAUCAUUGAGGUCGACGAGGCUGGUCUGCUCAAGAUCAAUCCCAUGGCCAACUGGAGCUUCGCCCAGAUCCAGCAGUACAUCAAGGACAACGACGUGCCAUACAACGCCCUGCUGGACCGAGGUUACAAGAGUGUCGGCGACUGGCACUCGACCCAACCAGUCAAGGAAGGGGAGGACGAACGUGCGGGUCGAUGGAAGGGUCAACAGAAAACGGAGUGCGGCAUUCACAACCCUCGCUCCAAAUAUGCACAGUUCUUGAUGGAACAGGAGAAAAAGAGAGAGCGCGAGGCUCUAGAACAAGCUCUCCAGAAGGUCAGCCUCGAGGAGCAAUCAUGA